GGAGGUUGUCUAAUACAGGAUCUCAAGAUGGCGUCGAGUGGGGGAGAUGGAGAACCCGAGUGGACUGCCGCUGUGCGACCGCUUUUAUCAGCGUCGUACACGGCUUUCGAGACGAAGGAGCUUCCUCAGCUCGUAGGAUCAAUUAUAAACAGUGACUCUGAGAUUCUGCACCAUGACAAACAGUACGAGCCAUUCUACUCAUCUUUUGUGGCUCUCUCGGCACAUUACAUCACCACAGUGUGUGGACAAAUCCCACGGAAUCAGCUGCUGUCCGUAGCUGCAGCCUGUAAAGUGUUGAUUGAGUUCUCCUUGCUGCGACUGGAGAACCCGGACGAGGCCUGCGCCGUUUCACAGAAGCACCUGAUCCUGCUGAUAAAGGGCCUGUGCACAGGAUGCAGCCGCCUGGACCGCACAGAGAUCAUCACCUUCACGGCCAUGAUGAAGUCUGCCAAACUGCCCCAGACCGUCAAGACUCUUUCUGACGUUGAGGACCAGAAGGAGCUGCCAUCUCCGGUCAACCCUGAACUUCGACAGAAAGAGGUCCAGAUGAACUUCUUCAACCAGCUGACCUCUGUGUUCAACCCUGACAUGACCUCCCUGGUCUCACCCUCAACACACACACAGGCUGAGAGUGAGUGUGAUGAGCAGGCAACAGCCGACCAGGCUACUCAGGCUAAAAUGAAGAAUGCCUUCAUCUCUCAGAACGUGUCCAGUUUACAGGAGCUUGGGGGCUCAGAGAAGCUGCUGCGUGUUUGCCUCAACCUGCCCUACUUCCUGCGCUACAUCAACCGCUUCCAGGAUGCCGUGUCGGCCAACUCCUUCUUCAUCAUGCCAGCCACCGUGGCGGACGCCACCGCCGUGCGGAACGGGUUUCACUCCCUGGUGAUCGACGUGACGAUGGCCUUGGACACGCUGUCUCUGCCUGUGCUGGAGCCGCUGACCCCGGGGAGGCUGCUGGACGUGACUGUGCUGGCCCUCAGCUGCCUCUACGCAGGUGUGAGCGUGGCCACCUGCAUGGCCAUUCUGCACGUGGGCAGCGGCCUGCAGCUCCGCACCUCCUCCACCAGCUCCAAGGAGGAAGACUACGAGAACGACGCCGCCACCAUCGUUCAGAAAUGCCUGGAGAUCUAUGACAUGAUUGGCCAGGCCAUCAGCAAGUCGCGGCGUGCCGGAGGGGAGCACUAUCAGAACUUCCAGCUGCUGGGCGCCUGGUGUCUGCUCAACAGCCUGUACCUGAUCCUCAACCUCAGCCCCACCGCGCUGGCCGACAAGGGCAAGGAGAAGGACCCGCUGGCCGCCCUGCGCGUGCGGGACAUCGCCGCCCGCACCAAGGACGGGGCGGGCUCGCCCAAACUGGGGCCCGGAAAGGGGCACCAGGGUUUUGGGGUCCUGUCCGUCAUUUUGGCGAACCACUCCAUCAAGCUGCUCACCUCGCUGUUCCAAGACCUGCAGGUGGAAGCUUUGCACAGGGGUUGGGCCAGUGACGGGCCCCCGGCGGAGCUGAGCAUCAUGGCCCAGAGCACCUCGAUCCAGAGAGUGCAGAGACUCAUCGACUCCGUGCCCCUCACCAACCUGCUCUUCACCCUGCUCUCUACCUCGUACAAGAAGGCUUGCGUGCUCCAGCGUCAGAGAAAGGGUUCGGUCAGCAGCGAAGCCAGCGCCUCCACCGACUCCAACACCUACUACGAGGAUGACUUCAGCAGCACAGAAGAGGACAGCAGCCAAGCAGAUAGAAGACAGGAGGGGACAGGAGCAGCUUGGGGUUCAGACGAUGACAGCGAGCCCAUCCUGGGCCUGUGGUUCGAGGAGACCAUCUCGCCCAGCAAAGAGAAGGUGGCCCCGCCCCCGCCGCCGCCUCCCCCGCCCCUGGAGACGUCGCCUCGGCUGAAGAGCCCGAGCAAACAGAACGGCGGGGAGAACGGCAACAUCCUGGCCAGCCGCAAGGACCCGGAGCUGUUCUUGAGUCUGGCCUCCAACAUCCUGAACUUCAUCACCACCUCCAUGCUGAAGUCCAGAAACAACUUCAUCCGCAACUACCUGAGCGUUUCGCUGACCGAGCAGCACAUGGCCACCCUGGCCAGCAUCAUCAAAGACGUGGACAAGGAUGUCAAAGGCUCCUCUGAUGAAGACUUUGCAGCUGCUCUGUACCACUUUAACCAUUCGCUGGUGACCUCAGACCUCCCCUCCCCCGCCCUGCAGAACACCCUGCUGCAGCAGCUGGGCGUGGCUCCCUUCUCUGAGGGCCCCUGGCCCCUGUACAUCCACCCUCAGUCCCUGUCUGUGCUGUCCAGGCUGCUGCUCAUCUGGCAACACAAGGCCAGCCUGCUGGGCGACCCCGACGUGGCCGAGUGCAUGAAGGUCUGGGAGAGGUUCGUGGGCACCCUGAAGCAGCACACUCUGCAGGGCGUGGCCCCCAGCGAGUCGGAGGACCUGAACGUGGAGCACCUCCAGCUGCUGCUGCUCAUCUUCCACAACCUGUCGGAGAAGGGCCGGCGCGCGGUGCUGACGCUGUGCACCCAGGCCAUCGCCGAGGUGGCCGCCCACGUGGACACGCAGCUGCAGGCCGUGCCGCUCAACCUGGCCCGCAUCCUGCUCGUCUUCGACUACCUGCUGCACCAGUACUCCAAGGUCCCCGUGUACCUGUUCGAGCAGGUCCAGUACAACCUGCUGACUCCUCCGACCUCCGGGGGCAGCGCAGGACAGGAAGGCGGCCGACGUGGCGCCGUCCCUCUCUACUACGGCUUCAAGGAGGUAGAGGAGAACUGGACCAAGCACUGCUCGGCAGGUAGGAACUCCACGCUGCAGCCCAAGUUCUACUGCGUGCUGUCGCCGGAAGCUUCCGAGGACGACCACAGCCGACUGGACAGCAAGGUGUUCCAGGUGCUGUUCAACGGGGCGGUGAAGUACGACGACCUGUACGCCUGUCUGAUCUCCCUGCUGUCCGCCGGCUCCCAGUUCGACGCGGCCAGGAGGCAGGAGAACAAGGCCAUCACCCCCAUGGAGGCCUGCUCCCUGCAGUACUACUUCCUGGUUCUGUGGCGAAUCCUGGGCGUGCUCCCGCCCUCCAAGGCCUACGUGGACCAGCUGAAGACGGGCAGCAGCGAGCCGAGCGAGAGCGACAUCCUGCACACCCUGCGCUGGUCGUCCCGGCUACGCGUCAGCACCUACGUCACCUGGAUCAAGGAGCACCUGGUGAAACAGGGGAUGAAGGCGGACCACGCUACCUCUCUGAUGGAGGUGGCCGCCGCCAAGUGCAGCGCGGUGAAGUACGAUGUGGAGCUGGCGGAGGAGUACAUCGCCCGACAGAUUUCGUCCUUCUGCAGCGUGGACCCCAACGCCAUCCUGCCCCUACACCUCGUGCCCAACCUGCAGACGGUGUACACGCUGGACGCGGUCAUCUCCAAGGUGCAGGUGUCUCUGGACGAGCACUUCUCCAAGAUGGCGGCCGAGACCGACCCCCGCAAAUCCUCAGAGAUCACCAAGAACCUGCUGCCAGCGACUCUGCAGCUUAUCGACACAUAUACCGCCUUUACCAGGUCCUACCUCCUGAUGAGCCUCCCUGAGGAGGGAGAGAGCAAGCCCUCUGAGGAGAAGCUGCAGGGGUACGCCGCUGUGCUCUCCAUCGGCUCCACGCGCUGCAAGGCCAACGUGCUGGGUCAGACGGUGAUGCAGAACCUCCCGUCGGCCGUGCAGACGCUGUGCGAGACGUGGAACAACAUCCACACCAACGAGUUCCCCAACAUCGGGUCCUGGAGAAACGCCUUCGCCAACGACACCAUCCCGUCAGAGAGCUACAUCAGCGCCAUCCAGGCGGCCCAUCUGGGCACGCUCAGCAGCCAGUCGCUGCCGCUGGCCUCCUCCCUCAAGCACAUCCUGCUGUCCCUGGUGCGGCUGAGCGGGGACCUCAUCGUCUGGUGCCCGGAGGAGCUGAACCCGCCGCAGGUGAUCCGCACGCUGCUCCCCCUGCUGCUGGAGAGCAGCACUGAGAGCGUGGCCGAGAUCAGCAGCACGUCCCUGGAGCGCAUCCUGGGCCCCGCCGAGUCGGACGAGUUCCUGGCCCGCGUCUACGAGCGCCUCGUCACCGGCUGCUACAACAUCAUCGCCAACCACGCCGACCCCAACAGUGGUCUGGAUGAGUCUGUGCUGGAGGAGUGCCUGCAGUACCUGGAGAAACAGCUGGAGAGCAGCCAGGUUCGCAAAGCCAUGGAGGAGUUCUUCUCAUUCAGCGGCGAGCUGGUGCAGAUCAUGAUGGCGACGGCCAAUGAGAACCUGUCCGCCAAGUUCUGCAACAGGGUCCUCAAGUUCUUCACCAAGCUCUUCCAGCUCACGGAGAAGAGCCCGAACCCCAGUCUGCUGUGCCUGUGUGGGUCCCUGGCCCAGCUGGCCUGCGUGGAGCCCGUCCGGCUGCAGGCCUGGCUCACCCGAAUGACCGCCUCGCCCCCCAAGGACUCGGACCAGCUGGACACGGUCCAGGAGAACCGGCAGCUCCUGCAGCUGCUCACCAGCUACAUCGUCCGUGACAACAGCCAGGUGGGAGAGGGCGUGUGCACCGUGCUGCUCAGCACCCUCGUCCCCAUGGCGACCGAGAUGCUGGCCAAUGGCGACGGCGCCGGCUUCCCCGAGCUCAUGGUCAUCAUGGCCACCCUCGCCAGCGCCGGCCAGGGGGCGGGGCACCUGCAGCUGCACCGGGCGGCUGUCGAUUGGCUGAUGAGAUGUAAAAAGUACCUGACACAGAAGAACGUGGUGGAGAAAGUGAGCUCCAACGUGUCACAGGGAAAGCACGCGAGCAUGCUGGAGUGCGCCUGCCAUGUCAUCUCCUACCUGGCGGACGUGAUGAACGCCCUGCGGCAGAGCGGGGGCCACGGCUCCGCCCAGCUGCUGGUGGACGGGGAGGAGAAAGCCAUCGAGGUGGACUCUGAUUGGGUGGAGGAGCUGGCUGUGGAAGAGGAGGAUUCGCAGGCCGAAGACUCGGAUGAAGAUUCACUGUGCAAUAAACUGUGCACCUUCACCAUCACACAGAAAGAAUUCAUGAACCAGCACUGGUACCACUGUCACACCUGUAAGAUGGUGGAUGGGGUAGGUGUGUGCACAGUGUGUGCCAAGGUCUGUCACAAAGACCAUGAGAUCUCCUAUGCCAAAUAUGGCUCCUUCUUCUGCGACUGCGGGGCCAAAGAGGAUGGCAGCUGCCAGGUGAGACCGAGUGCCUCAGGUCACCAUGGGAAGAGAUCUACUGCGGCUCUGGUUAAGCGCAGCCCCAGCAGCGGCAUUAGCUCCACCAUGAAGGAGUCGUCUGCCUUCCAGAGCGAGCCGCGGGUGCCCGAGAGUGCCAUCCGCCACCAGAGCGCCUCGCCCGCCGACAAGGGCCGGGUCACCAUCUGCGAGGGCAAAGCGGGCGACGACGACAAGCCCAAGAAGAGCAGCGUGUGCAAGAACAUCGAGGGCUGCCGAGAGGAACUGCUGGCGCAAGUGUCGGGCUCCUCAACAGCGCCCCAAGUGUUGGAGAUGCUCAUCUUCCUGAUGGACGCCAUCCAGACCAACUUCCAGCAGGCCUCGGCCGUGGGCAGCAGCAGCCGCGCCCAGCACGCCCUGAACGAGCUCCACACCCAGGACAAGACCGUGGAGAUGACAGACCAGCUUAUGGUGCCCACGCUGGGCUCCCAGGAGGGCGCGUUUGAGAACGUGCGGAUGAACUACAGCGGGGACCAGGGCCAGACCAUCCGGCAGCUGAUCAGCGCCCACGUGCUGCGCCGCGUGGCCAUGUGCGUGCUGUCCUCCCCCCACGGCCGCCGCCAGCACCUGGCCGUCAGCCACGAGAAGGGCAAGAUCACCGUGCUGCAGCUGUCCGCCCUCCUGAAGCAGGCCGACUCCAGCAAGAGGAAGCUGACCCUGACCCGCCUGGCGUCCGCCCCCGUGCCCUUCACCGUCCUCAGCCUCACCGGGAACCCCUGCAACGAGGACUACCUGGCGGUGUGCGGCCUCAAGGACUGCCACGUUCUGACCUUCAGUAGCACCGGCUCGGUUUCGGACCACCUGGUCCUGCACCCCCAGCUGGCUACCGGCAACUUCAUCAUCAAGGCCAUCUGGCUGCCCGGAUCCCAGACCGAACUGGCCAUCAUCACCGCCGACUUCGUCAAGAUCUACGACCUCUCUGUGGACGCUUUGAGCCCCAUGUUCUACUUCCUGCUGCCGAGCUCCAAGAUCCGCGACGCCACCUUCCUCUUCAGCGAGGAGGGCAAGAACAUCAUCGCCAUCAUGUCCUCGGCCGGCUACAUCUACACGCAGGUGAUGGACGAGUCCAGCAGUGCACAGCAUGGACCCUUCUACGUCACCAACGUGCUGGAGAUCAACCACGAGGACCUCAAGGACAGCAACGGGCAGGUGGCAGGGGGCGGAGUCUCGGUGUACUACUCCCACGUCCUGCAGAUGCUGUUCUUCAGCUACAGCCAGGGCAAGUCCUUCGCUGCCACCGUCAACCGCAGCACCAUGGACCUGCAGAGACUCUUCACCAUUAAUGUCAAAGGCUCUAACGGGGGCAGUAAGACGUCCCCGGCACUCUGCCAGUGGUCGGAGGUGAUGAACCACCCAGGCCUCGUGUGCUGUGUGCAGCAGACCUCGGGCAUCCCCCUGGUCAUCAUGGUGAAGCCCGACAUCUUCCUCAUCCAGGAGAUCAAAACACUGCCCGCUAAAGCCAAGAUCCAGGACAUGGUGGCGAUCCGCCACACGGCCAGCAACGAGCAGCAGCGCACCACCAUGAUCCUGCUGUGUGAGGACGGCAGCCUGCGCAUCUACAUGGCCAACGUGGAGAACACCUCCUACUGGCUGCAGCCGUCACUGCAGCCCAGCAGCGUCAUCAGCAUCAUGAAGCCCGUCCGCAAGCGCAAGGCCGCCGCCACCACCACACGCACAUCCAGCCAGGUCACCUUCCCCGUGGACUUCUUUGAGCACAACCAGCAGCUGACCGAGGUGGAGUUUGGAGGGAACGACCUGCUGCAGGUCUACAACGGUCAGCAGAUCAAGCACCGCCUCAACUCUACCGGGAUGUACGUGGCCAACACCAAGCCUGGAGGCUUCACCGUGGAGGCCGUCAACAACAACAGCUCCAUGGUGAUGACGGGCAUGCGGGUGCAGGUGGGCACCCAGGCCAUCGAGCGGGCGCCCUCCUACGUGGAGAUCUUCGGCCGCACCAUGCAGAUGAACCUGACCCGCUCGCGCUGGUUCGACUUCCCCUUCACCCGCGAGGAGGCCCUGCAGGCCGACAAGAAGCUCUCCAUCUUCAUCGGAGCGUCGGUGGACCCUGCCGGCGUCACCAUGCUGGACUCCAUUAAGAUUUACGGGAAGACCAAGGAGCAGUUUGGCUGGCCGGACGAGCCUCCGGAGGACUUCCCCUCCGCCUCCGUCAACAACGUGUGCAGCCCCAACCUCAACCAGGGCAACGGCACCAGCGACAGCGACAUCGCCACCCCCACUUCGGCCAGCGGCACCGUGCUGGAGAGUUGUGAAACUGAGUCCUUAUCCACCUUGGACCGGCUGGUGGUGAGUUCCCUCGAAGCUCUGGAGAGCUGCUUCGCCGUGUGCUCCACCAAUGAAAAGGAGAAGAACAAGUCCGCAGCCCUGGAGCUGGCCACUCUCCUGCUGUCCAUGCCCACCCCUGCUGGGGUCCAGCAGCAGACCAAGGGCCUGCUGGCCAGCCUGCACACCAGCCGCACUGCCUACCACAACCACAAGGACCAGUCUCUGCUGAGCAACGCCGUGCAGUGCCUGAGCAGCUGCAGCCGCGAGGGCAAGGACCUGGACCCCGACGUGUUCCAGCGGCUGGUGAUCACCGCGCGCUCCAUCGCCAUCAUGAGGCCCAACAACCUGGUGCACUUCACCGAGUCCAAGCUGCCGCUCUCAGACACGGAAAUGGCAGAGGAGGAUAAGGAUGGUCAGAAGUCGCUGGAGAGCGAGGGCUGCAACUUCAUCAUGCAGCUGGUGAAUAACUUCUGGAAACUCCACGCUCUCAAGCCCAAGAACGCCUUCCUGGCUCCUGCCUGCCUCCCAGGCCUGACCCACAUCGAGGCCACAGUCAACGCGCUGGUGGACAUCAUCCACGGCUACUGCACCUGCGAGCUGGACUGCAUCAACGUGGCCGCCAAAAUCUACAUGCAGAUGCUGCUCUGUCCGGACACGGCGGUGAGCUUCGCCUGUAAGCAGGCUCUGAUUCGCGUGCUGAGACCACGGAACAAACGGAGACAUGUGACCCUGCCCUCGCCCCCGCGCUCCAACACCCCCAUGGGAGACAAAGACGACGAUGACGACGACGACGCGGACGAUAAGAUGCAGCCGUCGGGCAUCACGGGCGGAGACGGGGGCCAGCAGGAGGGCCAGGAGCAAGGCGAGGUGGAUCACGGCGAUUUUGAGAUGGUGUCCGAGUCCAUGGUGCUGGAGACGGCGGAGAACGUGAACAACGGGAACCCGUCGCCGCUGGAGGCGCUGCUGGCCGGCGCCGAGGGCUUCCCGCCCAUGCUGGACAUCCCGCCCGACGCCGACGACGAGACCAUGGUGGAGCUGGCCAUCGCCCUGAGCCUGCAGCAGGACCAGCAAGGCAGCAGCAGCAGCGCUCUGGGGCUCCAGAGUCUGGGGCUCUCUGGCCAGGCCCCCAGCUCCUCCUCCCUGGACGCAGGCACCCUGUCUGACACCACAGCGUCAGCCCCAGCCUCAGACGACGAGGGCAGCACGGCCGCCACCGACGGCUCCACCCUGCGCACGUCCCCGGCCGAGCACGGCGGCAGCGUGGGCUCCGAGAGCGGCGGCAGCGCCAUCGACUCGGUGGCGGGCGAGCACAGCGUUUCGGGGAGGAGCAGUGCCUACGGGGACACCACGGUGGAGGGUCACCCCACCGGGCCCGGCAGCAUCAGCUCCAGCACCGGCGCCAUCAGCACCACCACCGCCCAGCAGGAGGGGGAGGGGUCUGAGGGAGAGGGCGAAACGGAGGGCGACAUCCACACCAGCAACCGGCUGCACAUGGUCCGUCUGAUGCUCCUGGAGCGCCUGCUCCAGCACCUGCCCCAGCUGCACAACGUGGGCGGAGUCCAGGCCAUCCCCUACAUGCAGGUCAUCCUCAUGCUGACCGCCGACCUGGACGGGGAGGACGAGAAGGACAAAGGGGCGCUGGACGACCUGCUGGCCCAGCUCAUCGCCGAGCUCAACAUGCACAAGAAGGACGUCUCUAAGAAGAACGAGCGCAGCCCCAUGAACGAAGUCCACCUGGUGAUCAUGCGGCUGCUCAGUGUGUUCAUGUCGCGCACAAAGUCCGGCUCAAAGUCUUCCUCUGAGGUAAAUUCCUCUUCUCUCAUCUCCAACGCCACGGCGACGGCUCUGCUCAGCCUGGGCGCCAUAGACUACUGCCUGCACGUGCUCAAGUCCCUGCUGGAGUUCUGGAAGACCCAGCAGGGCGAGGAGGAGCCGGCGGCCGCCAGCCAGCUGCUCAAGCCCCACACCUCGUCCUCUCCCCCCGACAUGAGCCCCUUCUUCCUGCGGCAGUACGUCAAGGGCCACGCCUCGGACGUGUUUGAGGCCUACUCGCAGCUCCUCACAGAGAUGGUGCUGCGGCUGCCCUACCAGAUCAAGAAGAUCGCCGACACCAACCCCCGCAUCCCGCCCCCCAUCUUCGACCACUCCUGGUUCUACUUCCUGUCUGAGUACCUGAUGAUCCAGCAGACCCCCUUCGUGAGGCGGCAGGUGCGUAAGCUCCUCCUCUUCAUCUGCGGCUCCAAGGAGAAGUACCGCCAGCUCCGCGACCUCCACAGCCUGGACUCCCACGUGCGCGGCAUCAAGAAGCUCCUGGAGGAGCAGGGAAUUUUCCUGAGGGCGGGCGUCGUCACGGCGACGUCAGGCUCCGCCCUGCAGUAUGACACCCUCAUCAGCCUGAUGGAGCAUCUGAAGGCCUGUGCUGAGAUCGCCACCCAGAGAACGAUCAAUUGGCAGAAGUUCUGCAUGAAGGAUGACUCGGUGCUGUACUUCCUGCUGCAGGUGAGCUUCCUGGUGGAUGAGGGCGUGUCCCCAGUGCUGCUGCAGCUGCUCUCCUGCGCUCUGUGCGGCAGUAAGGUCCUGGCGACCAACGCUUCGGGGGGGUCGGGCGGGGGGUCCGGGGCCUCCCAGUCCUCCCAGAGCAAGUCCUCCAGCAAGAAGAGCAAGAAGGAGGACAAGGAGAAGGAGAAGGACGGGGAAGGUGUGGGCAGCCAGGAGGACCAGCUCUGCACAGCCCUGGUCAGUCAGCUCAACAAGUUUGCAGACAAGGAGACUCUCAUCCAGUUCCUUCGCUGCUUCCUGCUGGAGUCCAACUCCUCGUCCGUGCGCUGGCAAGCGCACUGCCUGGCCCUGCACAUCUACAGGAACUCCAAUAAAUCCCAGCAGGAACUGCUUCUGGACCUGACCUGGGCCAUCUGGCCGGAGCUCCCUGCGUACGGGCGCAAGGCCGCGCAGUUCGUGGACCUCCUGGGGUACUUCUCCCUGAAGACCCCGCAGACUGAGAAAAAGCUGAAGGAGUACUCCCAGAAGGCAGUGGAGAUCCUGAGGACCCAGAACCACAUUCUCACCAACCAUCCCAACUCCAACAUCUACAACACUCUAUCAGGGCUGGUGGAGUUUGAUGGGUUUUAUCUGGAAAGCGACCCCUGUCUGGUCUGCAACAACCCUGAAGUGCCAUUUUCUAACAUCAAGCUGUCCUCCAUCAAAGUGGACACGCGCUACACCACCACCCAGCAGGUGCUCAAGCUCAUCGGCAGCCACACCAUCAGCAAGGUCACCGUCAAGAUCGGCGACCUCAAGCGCACCAAGAUGGUGCGCACCAUCAACCUCUACUACAACAACCGCACCGUGCAGGCCAUCGUGGAGCUGAAGAACAAACCUGCCCGCUGGCACAAAGCCAAGAAGGUGCAGCUGACCCCGGGGCAGACGGAGGUGAAGAUCGACCUCCCCCUGCCCAUCGUGGCCUCCAACCUGAUGAUCGAGUUCGCCGACUUCUACGAGAACUACCAGGCGUCGACGGAGACCCUGCAGUGCCCGCGCUGCAGCGCGUCCGUGCCCGCCAACCCGGGCGUGUGCGGCAACUGCGGGGAGAACGUGUACCAGUGCCACAAGUGCAGGUCCAUUAACUACGACGAGAAGGACCCCUUCCUGUGCAACGCGUGCGGCUUCUGCAAGUACGCCCGCUUCGACUUCAUGCUCUACGCCAAGCCCUGCUGCGCCGUGGACCCCAUCGAGAACGAGGAGGACCGCAAGAAGGCGGUGACCAACAUAAACACGCUGCUUGACAAGGCCGACCGCGUCUACCACCAGCUGAUGGGCCACCGGCCGCAGCUGGAGAGCCUGCUGUCCAAGGUGAACGAGGCGGCCCCGGAGAAGCCGCAGUGCUUUUCCCGGCAUUCCCAGGACGACACGGGCGCGGGGGCGGGGCUGGGAGCGUCUUCGGCCAGCGUCAACCGCUACAUCCAGCAGCUGGCCCAGGAGUACAGCGGCGACUGCAAGGCCUCCUUCGAGGAGCUCUCCAAAAUCAUACAGAAAGUUCUGGCGUCGCGUAAGGAGCUGCUGGAGUACGACCUGCAGCAGCGGGAGGCGGCCACCAGGUCGUCCCGCAGCACGGCCCAGCCCACCUUCACGGCCAGCCAGUACCGCGCGCUGUCGGUGCUGGGCUGCGGCCACACCUCGUCCACCAAGUGCUACGGCUGCGCGUCGGCGGUGACGGGCCACUGCAUCACGCUGCUGCGCGCGCUGGCCACCAACAGCGCCAUCCGCCAGAUCCUGGUGCUGCAGGGCCUCAUCCGCGAGCUCUUCGAGUACAACCUGCGCCGCGGAACCGCCUCCAUGCGGGAGGAGGUGCGCCAGCUGGUGUGCCUGCUCACCCGAGACAACCCUGACGCCACUCAGCAGAUGAAUGACCUCAUCAUUGCCAAAGUGUCAGCUGCUCUGAAAGGCCACUGGGCCAACCCUGACCUGGUCAGCAGCCUGCAGUACGAGAUGCUGCUGCUCACCGACUCCAUUGCCAAGGAGGGGGGCUGCUGGGAGCUACGCCUGCGAUGUGCUCUCAGCCUGUUCCUCAUGGCGGUGAACAUUAAGACCCCCGUGGUGGUGGAGAACAUCACCCUCAUGUGCCUCCGGAUACUGCAGAAGCUCAUCAAGCCUCCAGCGCCCACCAGCAAGAAGAACAAGGACACUGCUGUUGAAUCCCUGACGACGGUGAAGCCCUACAGCAAUGAGAUCCACGCCCAGGCUCAGCUCUGGCUCAAAAAGGAUCCCAAGGCUUCAUACGAAGCCUGGAAAAAGUGCCUUCCAGCCAGGGGUCAGGAGGGCACGUCUAAGCCACUGAACAAGGCGGAGUUGCGGAAGCAGUACCUGCUGGAGAAGUACGUGUGGAAGUGGAAGCAGUUCAUGAGCCGGCGGGGGAAGAGGACGUCUCCCCUCGACCUCAAACUGGGCCACAACAACUGGCUGCGGCAGGUGCUGUUCACCCCGGCCACCCAGGCGGCUCGACAGGCUGCCUGCACCAUCGUGGAGGCCCUCACCACCAUACCCAGCCGCAAGCAGCAGGUGCUGGACCUGCUCACCAGUUACCUGGACGAGCUGAGCAUCGCGGGAGAGUGCGCCGCAGAGUACCUGGGGCUGUACCAGAAGCUCAUUAAGCCCGCCCACUGGAAGGUGUACCUGGCAGCUCGGGGAGUCCUGCCCUACAUCGGCAACCUCAUCACCAAGGAAAUCGCUCACCUGCUGGCCCUGGAGGAGGCGACGUUGAGCACAGAUCUGCAGCAGGGCUACGCUCUGAAGAGCCUGACGGGCCUGCUCUCGUCCUUCGUGGAGGUGGAGUCCAUAAAGCGCCACUUUAAGAGCCGGCUGGUGGGCACGGUGCUCAACGGCUACCUGUGCCUGCGCAAGCUGGUGGUGCAGCGGACCAAGCUGAUCGACGAGACGCAGGACAUGCUGCUGGAGAUGCUGGAGGACAUGACCACAGGGACGGAGUCCGAAACCAAGGCCUUCAUGGCCGUGUGCAUCGAGACGGCCAAGCGCUACAACCUGGACGACUACAGAACGCCCGUCUUCAUCUUCGAAAGGCUGUGCAGCAUAAUCUACCCCGAGGAGAACGAGGUGACGGAGUUCUUUGUGACGCUGGAGAAAGACCCCCAGCAGGAGGACUUCCUGCAGGGCCGCAUGCCAGGGAAUCCCUACAGCAGCAACGAGCCGGGCAUUGGGCCCCUGAUGAGAGACAUCAAGAACAAGAUCUGCCAGGACUGCGACCUGGUGGCCCUGCUGGAGGACGACAGCGGCAUGGAGCUGCUUGUGAACAACAAGAUAAUAAGCCUGGAUUUGUCUGUGGCCGAGGUGUAUAAGAAGGUGUGGUGUCCCACCAAUGAGGGAGAGCCAAUGAGAAUCAUCUACCGCAUGAGGGGUCUCCUGGGCGACGCCACCGAGGAGUUCAUCGAGUCUCUGGACUCCACCACAGAUGAAGAAGAGGAUGAUGAGGAAGUGUACAAGAUGGCGGGAGUGAUGGCGCAAUGUGGCGGCCUAGAGUGCAUGCUCCACAGGCUGUCUGGAAUCAAGGACUUCAAACAGGGCCGACACCUACUCACUGUGUUACUGAAGCUGUUCAGCUACUGUGUGAAAGUGAAGAUUAACCGGCAGCAGCUGGUCAAGCCGGAGAUGAACACGCUGAAUGUCAUGCUGGGAACUCUCAACCUGGCGCUGGUGGCCGAGCAGGAGAGUAAGGACAGCGGGGGAGCCUCGAUAGCAGAGCAGGUCCUCAGCAUCAUGGAGAUCAUCCUGGACGAGGCGAACGCAGAGACCGUGUCUGAAGACAAGGGUAACCUGUUGCUUACGGGUGACAAGGACCAGCUGGUGAUGCUGCUGGACCAGAUCAACACGCCGUUCGUGCGCUCCAACCCCAGCGUGCUGCAGGGCCUGCUGCGGAUCAUUCCCUAUCUGUCCUUCGGGGAGCUGGAGAAGAUGCACAUCCUGGUGGAGCGCUUCAAGCCCUGCUGCAGCUUCGACAAGUACGACGAGGAGCACAGUCCUGAUGACAAGGUCUUCCUGGACUGCUUCUGUAAGAUCGCCGCGGGGAUCAAGAACAACAGCAACGGCCACCAGCUCAAAGACCUCAUCCUGCAGAAGGGAAUUACCCAGAGUGCUUUGGACUACAUGAAGAAGCAUAUCCCCAGUGCCAAAAAUUUGGACGCUGACGUGUGGAAGAAGUUCCUGUCCCGCCCCGCCCUGCCCUUCAUCCUUAGAUUGCUUCGCGGACUGGCUACCCAACACCCCCCCACUCAGAUGCUGAUCGGCACGGACUCCAUCACGAACCUGCACAAGCUGGAGCAGGUGUCGAGCGACGAGGGCAUCGGCACGCUGGCCGAGAACCUGCUGGAGGCGCUGCGCGAGCACGCCGACGUCAACCUGAAGAUCGACGCGGCGCGGAGGGAGACGCGCGCCGAGAAGAAGCGCAUGGCCAUGGCCAUGAGGCAGAAAGCCCUGGGCACCCUGGGGAUGACGACCAAUGAGAAGGGCCAGGUGGUGACUAAGACGUCGCUCCUGAAGCAGAUGGAGGAGCUGAUUGAGGAGCCCGGCCUUACCUGCUGCAUCUGCAGGGAGGGCUACAAGUUCCAGCCCACGAAGGUCCUGGGCAUCUACACCUUCACAAAGCGUGUGGCCCUGGAGGAGUUUGAGAACAAACCCCGCAAACAGCAGGGCUACAGCACUGUGUCUCAUUUUAACAUAGUCCACUACGACUGUCACCUGGCUGCUGUGAGGCUGGCUCGUGGGAGAGAGGAGUGGGAGAGCGCCGCCCUACAGAACGCCAACACCAAGUGCAACGGCCUGCUGCCCGUGUGGGGGCCUCAUGUGCCCGAAUCCGCCUUCGCCACCUGCCUGGCCCGGCACAACACAUAUCUGCAGGAGUGCACAGGCCAGCGGGAGCCCACGUACCAGCUCAACAUCCACGACACCAAGCUGCUGUUCCUCCGCUUCGCCAUGGAGCAGUCCUUCAGCGUGGACACGGGGGGCGGAGGCCGCGAGAGCAACAUCCACCUCAUCCCCUACAUCAUCCACACCGUGCUCUAUGUGCUCAACACGACGAGGGCCACGUCGCGGGAGGAGAAGAACCUGCAGAGCUUCCUGGAGCAGCCGUGUGAGAAGUGGGUGGAGACGGCGUACGAGGUGGACGGACCGCACUACUUCACCGUCCUGGCCAUGCACAUCCUGCCGCCCGAGCGCUGGAGGGCCACGCGCCUCGACUUCCUGCGCCGCCUGCUGGUCACCGUGCACGCCAGGAAGGUCUCCCCGGGAGGGGCCAACAAACUAACAGACAAAGCUGUGAAGGAGUACGGCGUGUACCGAUCCCCUCUUCUUUUCUGGGGGCUGGUGGAUCUCAUCUACGACAUGUUCAAGAAAGUGCCCACCAGCAACACGGAGGGAGGCUGGUCCUUCUCGCUGGCGGAGUACGUGCGGCACAACGACAUGCCCAUCUACGAGGCCUCCGAGCGGGUGCUGCGCGCCUUCCAGGACGAGCUCAUGCCCGCCGAGUCCUUCUCCGAGUUCCUGGACGUCGUAGGUCUUCUGUCAGAGAUCCCCGACCCUGACGGCUUCCUGCGGGAUGUUUUGAACUCUGUGCCCUGAGGACGUUUCGGAUCCCGCCCACACUGACCGCCCCGCUCUGGGUGUCCCGUACGGGCAGGCUGUCCUUGGCCCCCCCCCGUCUUCUGGGGUGUCUGCAACAGGCUCCUCCCAGGACCCUUUUCAACCCCCCCUUUGCUGGGGGGGGUUCCUCAGCUCCUGUUAACACAUAUACACAUGCACUCGUAUACGCACACACACACACACACACACACACACAACCACACAGACACACACACGGACACACACACACACACACUUGUUCCUGUCUUCACUUUCAGCAGCCUUGGUUUUGUUUAUCUCAGCUUAAAACAACAGAAAUCUUAAAUCAGACAAUUAUAUGUGUAGCCUGAAGAGUUGAUACAUUUAUAAUAAAAAGGGUUCUGUAAUAUUUAACACGUGGAGAGAAGCCUACGUGGUUUGAUCCAGUGUGCCUGGGUGGCCAUAGAUUAAAGCACCCAACUCCCAGUGUUCUUGGGAUUCGGUGCAAAAACAAGGAGUAACCUUGCUUUUUUCGUGAUUAAUUUUUAUUUUGAUUGGGGUUUUUUUUGUUUGUUGGUUGGUUCCUUUUAUUUUUGUCAUGAAAAUUAACAAACUUCCAAACUGACCGGAAGCUGCAGCCUAGCUUAUGGUAUCGCUAACUAAUGUUCACAUGCUCUCCCUACAUCGCAGUUUGCUGUGGUGUUAUCUGACCUGACUGCAGGUUAUGAGAAUAUAAUGAGAAAGCUGUUGGUUUUUUUUUUUUGUGUUUUCAAGCACAAUGUUAAACACGCAUGUAUUUGGUGUCUCAUACAUAAAACAAAAAAAAGUAAGAGAAGAACAAAGUAAUUUGUGAGUUUUUUUUUUUCUUUUUUUCCCAGGCCCUAGAAUAUGAAAGAAGCGAUGGUUUGGGAGGGACAGGUUUUUAUCUCUGCGGUGUCUUAACCGAAACUAUCCAGCAGAAAAAAAUUAGUUCUAUUGCUGUAAUGUCACUUUUUUUUUUUCUUUUGCCAUUUUUUGGUCUGUUUGGUUUCAUUUGGUUUUUUCCUGUUCUGGUCCUUCCUGGCCAAACACUACACUGGUUUCUGUCCGUACCUGUUUUUUUUUUGUCUUCCACCAGGUCCAUUAACAUAAGAAUAUCACAGACAAGACAUUUCCCAUAGCCUUUUUUUUGGUUUUGUUCUGGUAAGCACGGUGCCACUGGGUCCAUUCCCAGUGAUCAAGAAUUCUUUGCGAUAUAUUGACGCCUGCGAAAGGGCGCCCUUGUACUCAGAGCCGAACGCAUGGUGUGUGGAGUUUGUUUCAAUCCAGUUAGUGUUUAUUUGCCUAUUCCCGUUGCUACGAUGUUUCAACUGUUGCUGAAUGUCUGCUUUUCGGAUUAGCUAAAGAUUAAUAAAGCUGUAAUAAUUCUG